AUGCUGGAAGACUUGGGACUCAGCGAGAGUACUUCCACGUUGAUCGUGUGGCUGGUGCGGGCUUUAUUGCCAUUCUUGCUCUUUAUCAUUUGGUAUGCCACCCAACCGCCGGAGCCCCAGCAGACGUACCAUCGCGGACAGCUUCUAGCAGCACGGCAGGUUGUGGGCGGCACACCGCCAGAACUGGGCACGUUGCAGGUCAAACGCUUAGAGGACCCAAAGCCAGCCCGAAGGUCCAAAGAUGAGCGAAAGAACAGCGCUGCCACUAGCGUCACGACAGUCGAGUCCCGCUUGGUGCCCGCAUCGCCAGUGGUCCAGGAAGCUCCAAAGCCUGAAAAAAAGGAAGGCUCAGAUGUGAUGGAGGAUUUGCAAGGCGUCCUGAGUUUUAUCGCCUUCAAGGAGCGACAACAACGGGUCUUCCUGCCAGUCACUCAUCCUCCAGCACCGCGACGGAAAAACCAUCAGGUCGAUGUACCGCGUGACCCCAAAAUGGAUGCCCGGCAGAAUGCCGCAGCGCAGCGGUUGCUGAAGGCCUUGCUGCCGCCAUCGACCUUGGACUUGGAUGUCUCCCAAUUGAUUAAGGCAUUAAGGGAGAAGCUGGCUGAGGUGGAAGUGACCAAGGAGACCUAUGUGUCCUUCCUGAAACUGUGUUUUGAGUCGAGAAACUUGCGGGAAGUGGGCCGCUUCUAUGGCGAAAUGGAAGCCAAGGGCUUGGAGCUCGAGGAGGAGAUCACGGACCAGGUCAUUGCUUUGUAUGCGACCUCAGCUCUGCAGUGA